AAUUGCAAAUUGUUUUGAUAUAUUUUCAUCUAUUUUAGAUAUUGCCAUUGGUAAUCGAUAAAGAAAGAUAUGUUAGUUUCAAAACGCGUAACUUGUGUACUUUUCUGUUAUGUUUGUUCCGGUCUAUUAUUUCUUCAUUGGUUAAUGAUUAUUACUUAAUAAGUUUUUUAUUUCAAUCAGUUUCAUUUAAGCACAUGUACCAGAUAUUGUAUUUCAUAUUUCAUCACUAUAAGUUGCUGUCAACACCACCAACCUUUUUCCUCUGCUAUUCAUGUACGAUCCGCUAUUGGCGAUUCAUCUACAAUCUUUAGGAGCUAGACCAAAAAUAUGAAGCCAAAUGCUAUAAUUGUGUUCUUGGUAUUGGCAAUGCUAACCAGUCAGGCAUUUUCCUGGUGGAGCUCAUCCAGAAGACGACGAACUACAGUCCCCACAAGCUCUAGGUCAAGUCCUGCAGGGGGGCCGAGUAGCAACCCAAAUGCUGUGGUGUGCACCUCAUACAGAAGCAGUAAUUACAUCACAUGUAAAAAGGGUGGAAGUUCGGUGACCUGUACCACACAACCACCCACAGAGACAAGAGAUGACCAAUAUGGAGGACCCACCCCUCGCGGAGAGUACCUUAUUGGCAAAAGGUACACACACCCACAAAAGGAAAUUGACUGGUACAAUCUGUACCCCAAGAAAGAGGACAACUCUGGUUACUAUGGCUACAGACAACGCACUCAAAAAGGGCGCAACACCAUGGGCCUACAUCCUGGAACAGUAAGCUUAGGCUGUGUUACAGUCGAGCAAACUUGCUGGCCGAAGAUUCGCAGCAUCAUUGACAGUGGGAGCAUGCAGUACCGUGGUUCGGGUUACAGCGGAUUUUUGUACGUGAAAUAAAUGAGCAAUCUGCUGGAUGUUAAAUUAGGACAAGCAGUGUAAGCAAAAGGCAUAUCUAAGGUAGAUGUAAUGCAUUAACUCUAUUAUGAUUAGGUAUUAAGUAUUAGGCGUGGUGUUAAGGUUGUUUAGUACAUACCUGGUUGUUGAUGUUAUUUUGACAGCAAUUUUUGCUAAGAUUUAUCAGCAUUUCCACUACAAUUUACAAUGUAUGAGGGUAAGAAAUAUGUGAUGUCCCAAAAAGAUCUGUUGCGAAGGACUUCAGAGGGAAACCUUGUUAUGCUUUAUGAGUCAGAUGGCAUGCAAUCUGCUGUGAUUUCAGCAAAUUUAGAUGAAUCACAGACUGUGUAAAUGUAGCAAAAAUCGCUGUCAGUUUAAGGAAGGGAUUCAAAAUUGAAGCCUUUAAGGUAGUAUGUAAACAGCUUUUUAGAAAAUAAUUGGCCUUGAAGUGUAAAAAUGCAUAAAAGAAUAAACUAUUAAAGCAAGAGCAUUUUGAAUCAUGA